GGCCGGCCCUGACCCAAUCAUUUCAGCCUCCCCAAUCGCCUCCAUCUCUAUUCUCGUUCUCAACUCUGAACUUGCCCUCUCUCUCUCUCUCUCUCUCUCUCUCCAACUGCAAACUACAAAAUCUACAAGAAUCAGAAGUUCAAAACCCAUAUAUUUCAGUUUAUCUAUCUGUCUGCAAGAAUCAAAAGUUCAAAACCUAUUACCUAUAUCAAAACCCAUAUCGGCAUAUCAUUUCAGAUUGUUCAAAACCCAUAUCUUUCAGUUUCAAUCGCCCGCUGUUCCAGUUCGGGUUCGCCGUUCGCAAGCUUCAGCCGCUGGCCCGCUGUCUCUCAACUCUCAAGCUUGCCCCCCUCUCUCUCUGCAGCUGCUAACUUAUUGCGCUUUAAAUGGAAAUGCCUGAAACAACUUCAUAAUCAAGAAAUACAAAUGAGUUAUGUGGGGUUGUAGUAUAUAUGGGUUUUGAUAUUUGAAUCAUUACUUAUAAAGAAUGUCUGCGGAAACGAGCUCAAAGUUUAAGAAACUUCAAAAGAAAGUGAGACUUGCAAUUGGAAAAUCAAAGAAACAUAAGGAUAAUGAUGAAACCCUAGGUUCCAGGAAGAAGGGUUUUCAAGGAUAUAAAAAGGCUCAAAUUACUAUGGAAGAUGGGGUUGAUGUUUCUUAUAAGGAUGGUAAGUUAAUCAAGAGAGAGAACAAUGGAAGAAGGAAUACGAAAUUUAAGGCAAAAGAUAAACAAAUUCACACUGCUCAAGAAGGGUAUGGUACGAAGGUUGAUGGCAAUAGUGCUUUUAAACAGUUCAAUUCUGAUCGAAAGAGGAAGAGAAUAUACGCCGACCGGGGUAAUGGCAAGGAAGUAAUGUUUAAGAAAAAUGUGGAAAAGUCCAACAGAAAAGUGCCUUUAUCUAGAGAGGGGUGGAAUGAGCCCAAAGAUUAUCAUCUUAAAGAAAAAAGAACUGCAAAAUGGAAAUCUCGUGAUUUUGAACCAUCUAACAAUAGACAUUUGAAUGCUCGUGCAAAUGAGUUACUUGAUAGAAAUGGUGGCAAGAAAUUUAGGGGCAAGAUGAAGGCUACCAAUAAAGUGGAAUCUGACAGAACGGAUGUUGCCAGGAAUAGUUUGCUGAAGAAAGAUGCCAAAAGCCAAUUUGGUCGAAAUCUGAACAUGCUUAAAUAUGAAUCUCUAGAGAAGUUUGACAAGAAAAAGUUUCAUGACAAGAAAAGGUUGGAUGAUGAAUCAGCAGUAACACCAAUGAAAACAAAGCGGGUGAUUCGGAUAGAUCCACGUGAUAUCACAAAUAAGCGGUUAGAUGAUGGCAUUAUUACUAAUGAAAAUACCAAGGAGAAGAAAGAAGAUUUGAAGAAAAAUGAAAGUGUUGAAAUGUCAAUGAAUGCUCAGUUCCGUGCAAUACAACCUACUCCAUCUAUCCUUUCCUUCGUGGAAGAAAAUUUACUGGGUCGUAGACGGUCGAAUGAAUUACGGAGGGCAGGCUACAACAUUGAGCUUUCUGCUCCUUUAGAUAAUGUCCCCUUCUCUACAAGCUCAGAAAGAAAACGGAUUGAGGAUGCGCAGAUUUUUAGGAAUAAAUUAUCAUUUUUUGCUGCUGCAAAAAUUUCAUCAUCAUUUCCACCUCCUGAUAUUCCAGAGAUUGCAUUUGCAGGAAGGUCAAAUGUUGGGAAGUCAUCUUUAAUAAAUGCACUAACCAGACAAUGGGGUGUUGUACGGACUUCGGACAAGCCUGGCCUUACUCAGACUAUUAAUUUUUUCAAGCUUGGACCAAAGCUCUGCUUAGUUGAUUUGCCGGGAUAUGGCUUUGCUUAUGCAAAAGAAGAAGUUAAGGAAGCUUGGGAGGAGCUUGUCAAGGAGUAUGUCUCCACACGAGUUGGUCUAAAGCAAGUAUGCCUUAUUGUAGACACAAAAUGGGGCAUGAAGCCAAGGGAUUAUGAGCUGGUUGGUCUGAUGGAAAGAUCUCAAACAAAAUACCAGAUUUUACUAACCAAGACAGAUUUGGUAUCACCGAUUGAUGUGGCACGUCGUGCAAUGCAAAUUGAAGAGAGCCUCAAGGCAAAGAAGUCUGCCAUUCCACCAGUUAUGAUGGUAAGCUCAAAAUCUGGAGCUGGUGUCCGAAGCUUAAGAACUGUGCUUGCUAAGAUUGCUCGGUUUGCAAAAGUCUAGAAGAUGUUGAUUAGUUUCAAGAAGUUGCCAUGUUGGGAUGGUCAGGAUCUCCAUCUUGAUUUAUCUUCCCUCUCAAUCAACUAGUGGCUGGAUGUUCCUACUGGUUAUCACUGAUGAUGUUCUUGGUUUUGGUCCGUUACUUUGCUAAGCUGAAAGCCUUAAAUCCUUGAAAUCAUCAUGGUUUGGUGUGGUAUGCAUAAUGCAGGUUGAACAGUUACUGCCUUGCAAACUUGCCUGCUCAUUUCAUCUAGCCGGAUGACAUUCCAAAGGGUCGAACGUGAUAUGGUACUUCGAAACAAUCACCAAAUACAUCUCUAACAUAUAUUCUACUUGAAAAUGUCACAAAGAAAUUCUUUGUUCCUCACAUUUUUCAGUAAGCCAGCGUUUUACAGAUCAAAAUUUUAAUUAGGAAUGCUGGAAAUUUGCAUUAUCAGGGGCAAAUGAUUUUUUGGAAGGUUUUGAAAUUGAUAAGUUGGGGGUAAUUGUUUGCUGCAAUUGUAAAACUUAGGGCUAUUUAGUGUGAGGAUAAAUUUGUGUCUUAAGCACACAUGAUUCUAUUGUGAUUUAGAUGUUACGAAUUUGAAUUAAGGAAUAGUCUCUCCACAUGUGGUAGCAAGAUUGCAACAUUUAAAUUUUUUUCAGGAAUUCUUGUACUAACAACAUUUUAUGUUAGUGAUAGGAAAUCUGUAGUGAGAUUCCUA